CCCACAAAAUCUCAGUAUUUAAAUUUCAGACCUUUCUCCUUUAUCUGCUCUUGCCUUCCACUGAUUGCACCUGUCUCUGAAAAUCAAGGAUCCGAACACAAUCGAUGUUUUUGUUCUGAUGAAAACGCAUGAUAAGGAGAGCUCAUCCAAGUCUCUUCAGGCCUGCCGCCAUCACGCCAGCUGCCUCGCUGCCGGCGGGGACCCCGUCUCCACUGGCCUUCCUCUCCGAAAGGCCUCUGCAGCCUUCCCCAACUGACUGCCCGAGCAACAGUUAACUCCACAUGGCUGGGUCAGGCAGAGGAAGAGGACGUGCUGCGUUUACCUUCAACAUUGAGGCUAUUGGCUUUACUAAAGGUGCAGCUCUGCCUGAUGUUGCGUGUACCCCUCCACCACCAUUUCCUAGUACAGACAAUAAGCCAGUGCCUCUGAAAACAGGAGAAGAUGAAGAUUACAUGUUGGCCUUAAAACAAGAUCUUAGAGGAACUAUGAAAAAAAUGCCAUAUUUUUUGGCAGUAGAAGAAGAUCGUGAAGUAAUUGAGAGGUACAGUAAAAAGUACCAGGACAGUGAAAAGGAGCAUGCAGCAUGGACCCCAGAUUGGAGAAGACUCCCAAGAGAGGUGAAGCCAAAGAAAAAGACCAAAAAAAGCUUUCUUCUGCAGAAUUGUGAACCAGAUCCUUCAACAGCAGUUGGAGCUGCAGGUGCAAAACCAAAAAAGACAAAAAGCUCUGAGCCUAAAAGUAAUCUGGAUGUGUUGAAAAAAAUUGAGGAGUUGGAAAAAAAGGAUGAUGAAGAAGAAAAAUCUGAAGAUGAGAAAGACCAAACAAAAGACAAAGAAGGUGAAGAUGAUGAAGAAGCAGAAGAACCAGAGGAAUACGAUGAAGAAGAGCAUGAAGAGGAAAAUGACUACAUUUCUUCGUAUUUUGAAGAUGGAGAUGACUUUGGUGCUGGCAGUGAUGACAAUAUGGAUGAAGCAACAUAUUAGCUAUUGUUGCUAGGUGGUAUACUGCUCAAGCCUCAUACUACUUGAAGUCUAAUUCUGGAGGCAGGCUGAGUACCAACAGAACUAAAGCUUUAGCUUGGUUGGUUUUAAGUACACUCUCAAAAAAAUUGUUGGAAAAUUCUUUUUAAUUGUAGUAUGCUGUAAAACAGGAUAUAGGAUUCUUUGUUUUGUUCUUUUGCCAAAUGUUUUGCAGACAUGCACCUUUUUAAGGUUCUGUGGAAUCCCUACUGAUGGAGUAAGCUAUAUGCUAUUGUAUUGCCUCUGCACAGAAAAAGAAUGUAUGCAUUUCAAUUGAAAUUGUGCCUAAGCAUUUGCACUAGUCUGUUUGUUCUAUGCUUUAGCAGUCAAACCUUGAAAAUAAUAAUUAAGUUCUUGAUGACUGCAGCAAAAAAGAGAUACGGCCUUUAUGGACAUAAGCUGCUCAUAUUUGGCAGCUGACUUCUCUGAAGGAAUUUAUGUAACUUCUGAAUUCAGGUGACUGAAAAUAAUUGACCACUAAGCACUUUAAUAUAAACUGACUUGAAAGGACCUUAGUAAUACAGACAAACAUAGACAUAAUGAGAGUACUUUGAAGAGCUGUUAUUCUAGUUAAAAGAACUUAUUUUUAGUAUUUGGUAAGAAAGGACUGUAAUAUUUAAUAAUGUUAUAUUUAUGAAUCAGUAUAAGUAAUAAUUAAGGGUAAUUUAAUUUAGAAAGAAUAUAUGGCAGAAUUUAAGAUUCAGAAAUUAUGGAAUCCUAGUUUUCACCAGUGGCACAGAUUAGUGACAGGAAUUUCAGUCCUCUGCCUGUUUCUCCACCUAUUAAGGUGACAUUAACUUUCCUACCUCACAGAGCUGUUAAGUGAGACAGCAGAUGAUAGCUAUCCAUGUAAUUGUUAAUAUGUUUAUUUACUUUCAUACAGAACAAACAAGACAGAAACUUAACAGACAGCAACUCAAUACAAAGCAAACCCCAAAAAUGUAGGAGAAUGUGGUGAAGUGUUUUGACACAUAAGAUUUUAAUUAGGAAAAGAGGACAAGAAUGCUGAGAAUAGCAAAACCAGUGUGUUUGGAAACAUUAGCUUUAUUUAAGAACCAACAGCUGAAGUGUAGAAAAUUUAUUCCUGAGAUCAGAAACUUGAGGAAAUGACACAGCAUUCUCUGUGUCCUGUUGUCCUUUGAUGAUACAAAAUAUUAUUGGUCAGUGUUAAUCAGUGUUAUUAUAUUACUGUUUAUCAGGGGUUUGGGUUUCUUUUUGCCACUUUUUAAAAAAAAAAUCUGUUCCUGGUAACUAGUGGUGUUAUCAGGUCUGAUGAACAGUUUUAGAACAAACCCAAUUAUUUUAUCAGCAGAAGAAAUUACGGAAGUUUUUCUUGCUAGUUUGGCAUUUUGUCAAGCAGAACUUUACCUCAGUGCUGACUGGAAAACAGUACUGCAUUAUUCUAUGAACUUCUGUAUGCAAUAAGAAUUUGUUCCUUAACGUGUAGCUUUCAAGUGUUCUGAUAAAAUUCCUAUCAGAUGUAAAGGAAACGAAAUUAAAAUGCUAUGCAAGUCACACCUCAGAGGUACACCAGUUUUAUUUUGAAGUGUUGAUACCUAUACAAAUAACAUUUAAUAAACAUUCUGCUGCAUUGCAUAGGAAAUGUAUUCUGUCUGAUCAUUUUCUUUUAACAUCACACAUGCCAGCAGUUUCUUGAACAGUGGUGCCUGUUUCUUGGAUGUGGUAUACAAGAGGAAGACAGAAGAUGUUGUGAACGAGGUAAGUGUGUUGAAAAUUAAAUUUGCUUCCCUCAAGUAUACCUACUAGCUGCUCCUCCCUAUGCAAGGUAAACAGGGAGACUCUUACAUGUGGAAACGCAAAUAAACGGCUUUUGCCAAACUAGAACUAGAGAAUCAACACUGGAAAAGCAUUACUGCCUGAGUUACAAUCUGGUCACAAGCUGUGGCUGGCCUGAACAGGUACAGUACCUUAUUCUGUAGCAGCCACAAAUUCUUGGGGACCUAUGACUUUAUUCAUUCAUCAUACUGCUAAUGGGAGAGACAACUGCUUCUCUGCUGUACUGUUGAGAAAUAUUACUCUGGCAGAAAUCAGGUCUUUUUGAGACCUUUAAAAGGUGAACUGUCGUCACAUCUGUCCUCCAAAGGGAACCCCAGAGUCAGGACGGACCCUCUAGGACUAGUUUAACAAUGGCAAGGGAGGGCAACACUUGUGAACACGUUGAGUUCUGCAAUGAUACAGCUCUGUGCCAAGGCACUUCUGAAAUGAAAUGAGAUCGUGGUGUUCCAGAGGCAUAACACUUGCAGCUGUUUUUAUAAGCUGAUUUUCCAAUUGCUUAUAAUUUAUUGCAAGACCAUAAUGCUGAUAAAACUUAGGCCGUUUUUUGGGUCUCAGCAAACUUUGGGUUUGGACAGGUGUAUAUUUAAAACCUAUCUUAACAGCAUAGCAGAACAUUGCUACUUCAUACAAGAAGGCACUGCUUUCAGUGUGUAGGGAGAUCGCUAUCGAAGAACUUCACUGAUCCCUACCUUUUUCAUGCCUAUUUCUUAAUCCUCAUUUCACAAGACUAAGAAGUUCUCAGAAUUUUAUGCAGAAAAUUUCCAAGUUCUAUAAGGCAUGCACAGGAUAAACUAUUAUGGCUGCAGUUAUGGUAUGCUACAUGUGAAUGCUAUAUGCAGCUGCUGCCAACAAAAUAUUUGUUGGCCAAGGAUACAUAAAAACUAGCCAAAAUAAAUGCAAGUAGCGGACUCCUGUGGUAAAAGAUGCAAAGUAUAUAGAGCUAAGAAUACAUUACAUGCACCACUUUCACUGCAGUCUAAAUAAAAUCUUUAUUUUAUGUGUAUUAUUUAUGUUCUAAAAGCAGAGGAGCAGAAGUAUUUAAAAUAAGACUUGUGUCCUCAUUCAGGAUUAUUUUACAAAGUUAUAUUUUCAGCCUUAAUAAAAUAGUUAUACAAAGACUAUUUGUGACAACAUACUCCAAAAUAUAGCAGAUUUAAAGCAUUUACAUUUUAUGUCAUCCAACAGUGCAAUAUGCACUUAAAUUUAAAACCAACUUCCUGAUCAACAAUGUGUUGUAAUUAAUCUGAAACACGAUUUACCACUCAGUUGUUUGUGGUUGUUUUUUGUUUGUUUGUUUUUUUGAAACAAGUCAGUUUCUAAAA